AUGGACUCGUACCAGACCCCCCUCUCCUCGCGUUAUGCGUCCAAGGAGAUGUCGCAGCUCUUCUCGGCUGCCAACCGCUUCGGCACCUGGCGCAAGCUCUGGCUCAACCUUGCCAUUGCUGAGAAGGAGCUCGGUCUCCCCAUCUCGGACCUCGCCAUCGAGCAGAUGAAGGCCAACCUCGUCCUGGACGAGGCCCAGAUGAAGGUCGCUGCCGAGGAGGAGCGCAAGCGUCGCCACGAUGUCAUGGCCCACGUUCACACCUUCGGCACCGUCGCCCCCGAGGCCGCCGGUAUCAUCCACCUCGGUGCCACCUCGUGCUACGUCACUGACAACGCCGACCUGAUCUUCCUCCGUGACGGUAUGGACAUUCUCAUCCCCAAGCUGGCCAUUGUCAUCGACCGCCUUGCCAAGUUUGCCGACCAGUACAAGGACCUCCCCACUCUUGGCUUCACCCACUUCCAGCCCGCCCAGCUCGUCACUGUCGGCAAGCGUGCCACUCUGUGGCUCCAGGAGUUGCUCUGGGACCUGCGCAACUUCCAGCGUGCCCGUGACGACCUCGGCUUCCGUGGUGUCAAGGGCACCACCGGCACCCAGGGUUCGUUCCUUGCCCUCUUCGACGGCGACCACGACAAGGUCGAGGAGCUCGACGAGCGCGUCACUGAGCUUUCGGGCUUCUCGUACGCCUACCCCGUCACUGGCCAGACCUACUCGCGCAGGAUUGACGGCGACGUGCUUGCUCCCCUCGCCCUCUUCGGCGCCACCGUCCACAAGAUGGCCACCGACAUUCGUCUCCUGGCCAACUUGAAGGAGGUCGAGGAGCCCUUCGAGAAGGACCAGAUCGGUUCGUCGGCCAUGGCCUACAAGCGUAACCCUAUGCGCUCGGAGCGUCUCUGCUCGCUUGCCCGUCACCUCGGCCCUCUCUUCCAGAACACCCUCAUGACUGCCUCCACCCAGUGGUUUGAGCGUACCCUCGACGACAGUGCCAACCGCCGUGUCACCCUCCCCGAGGCCUUCCUCACCGCCGACAUUCUCCUCACCACCCUCCAGAACGUCUGCGAGGGCCUCGUCGUCUACCCCAAGGUCAUUGAGCGCAGGAUCAUGCAGGAGCUCCCCUUCAUGGCCACCGAGAACAUUAUCAUGGCCAUUGUCAAGGCCGGCGGCGACCGUCAGGAGUGCCACGAGAAGAUCCGUGUCCUCUCCCACCAGGCCGGUGCCGUCGUCAAGGAGCAGGGCGGCGACAACGACCUCAUCGAGCGCGUCAAGGCCGACGCGUACUUUGAGCCCAUCUGGAACCAGCUUGACGCCCUCCUCGACCCCUCGACCUUUGUCGGCCGCGCCCCCCAGCAGGUCACCAAGUUCCUCACCAAGUUUGUCAACCCUGCCAUUGCGCCCUACGCCGACGCCAUCAAGAACGCCCAGGCUGCCCAGCUUUCCGUUUAA